AUGGCUUCAGGUCAACACCCAGCAAGCGUUCCGGACUGGAACAAUCUUGACAUCCUUCACAAGAAUACGCUGCCUGCACGCGCAUACUUCCACAACUACAAGUCCGAGGCUGACGCACUUGGUUCCGAUGUGAACAAAUCUACGACACAUAGCCUCUCCGGCACGUGGAAGUUCCAGCAUUCAUUCUCACCCUUUGAAGCUCCUGAGGGCUUUGAGUCGACUUCGUUCGACACAUCGUCAUGGAGCGACAUUGCUGUGCCAGGCAUGUGGCAGUUACAGGGAUUCGGCAAAGGCCCCCAGUAUACGAACGUCAUUUAUCACAUCCCAGUCGAUCCUCCAAACGUUCCUUUCACUGAGAACGAGACUGGGUCGUACGUACGUAAGUUUGAGGUUCCGAAACAACUCCAGGAUGGUCAACUUCGACUCCGGUUUGAGGGCGUUGAUGCUGCUUUCCAUGUAUGGGUAAACGGAAAGGAAGUCGGAUAUUCUCAGGGCAGCAGAAACCCAGAUGAGUUUGAUAUUACCUCGGCUGUUGAUCUUAAUGCCGAGAAUACCCUGGCCGUCAGAGUGUAUCAACAUUGCGACGGAACUUACAUUGAAGAUCAAGACCAGUGGUGGCUAAGUGGCAUAUUUCGUGACGUCUUCUUGGUGGGUUUUCCCAAGGCGUCGCGCAUCGAAAAUGUCUUUGCUCAGACGAUCUUGGAUCCAUCCUACACCGACGCAGAAUUGAAGAUCAAGGUCAGCGCGACCGGAUCUGGCAAGCUCACAGCUAAACUCCUGAAUGGGAAAAAGCAAGAAAUUGCUUCGUCAGAUGCAGACAUCAAGAGUGACGGCGUAACUGAACUCAGCAUCCAAGUAAAGGACCCUCUAAAGUGGACUGCUGAAUCGCCCAACCUGUACCACCUCGUGGUCUCUACCGGUGAUCAAGUUAUCGCCCAGCGUAUCGGCUUCAGACAAGUUGAGAUGAAAGACGGCUUAAUCAAAAUCAAUGGUAAGAGAGUCGUUUUCCGCGGGGUCAACCGUCACGAACACCACCCCACUUUUGGUCGUGCUGUGCCAUAUGAAUUCAUGAAAGAAGACCUUCUAAUCAUGAAGCGUCACAACAUCAACGCCAUCCGUACCUCCCAUCAACUCAACGACCCACGACUAUACGAUCUUGCAGACGAGAUGGGCUUUUGGGUGAUUGACGAAGCUGAUUUAGAGUGCCACGGCUUUGAAAGUAUCGCCGAUGCUGCUUUGUCAAAAGAAGAGCGCAGCCUUCCUUUCCGUGAGCGCCAGCUUCUGACUAGGUCAAAGGCCGCGGAAUGGACAACCGACAAUCCAGCCUGGACGCAUGCGUACGUGGACCGUGCAGAAGCACUCAUCAAGAGAGAUCAGAUGCAUCCGUCUGUCAUCAUAUGGAGUCUCGGUAAUGAAGCUUUCAUGGGACGUAACUUCGUGGCCAUGUACGAGCACAUCAAAAAGUACGACGACAGCCGGCCUGUCCACUACGAAGCAGACAUCUACGCGGAUACUAUGGACAUGUACUCCAGGAUGUAUCCCCCAAUCGACGAGAUUAUCAAAUUCGGUGAAGACAAGAGCAAGAAGAAGCCACUGGUUCUUUGCGAAUACAUCCACGCCAUGGGUAACGGUCCUGGUAAUAUCAAGGAAUACAUCGACGCUUUCUACAAAUACCCAACACUUCAGGGAGGUUUCGCAUGGGAGUGGGCGAAUCACGGUCUUCUUACCAAGGACAAGCAAACUGGUGAGGAGUUCUAUGCCUAUGGCGGUGAUUUUGGUGAAGAAGUUCACGAUGCAACAUUCGUUAUGGACGGUCUUGUCAACUCCGACCAUUCGCCCAAUGCAGGCUUGAUCGAGUAUAAGAAAGCCAUCGAACCUGUGCAGCUUCUGGGAUCGACUGAUUCGAAGGCUACGUUUAUUAACCGGUACGACUUUAUCACACUCAAUCACUUGAGCUGCCAGUACACAUCAACUUCCGCAUCUGGAAGUGGAAGUGUAUCAGGAAGCCUAGAGGUUCCUUUUGGUAUCUCGCCUGGUCAGACCUUUGAUUUACAGCUUCCAAAGAUUGAAAGUUCAGGAGAGGAGAUCCUACUUAGCAUCUCGUUUCAGCUAAAGGAGGCUACCCCAUAUCUCAAGGCAGGUUUCGAGAUCGCGACAGCACAGAUAUCCGUCACACCAGCAACGCCAUUGAAGCGACCUCAGUCAUCGGGCAAGCAAAUCACUGUUGAGAAACCAUACAGGAACACCCUCAAGAUCACGGCGGAUCAAGCCAUCUGGGAGUUCAACACUCUUCAUGGUAGCCUCACAUCCUGGAUACAAGGUUCUACCGAGCUUCUCUCCAAGGCACCAGAAAUUGACAUCUUCCGCGCACCUACCGACAACGAUAUCCCACAAGACGGUUGGGACUGGAAAGACAAGCAACUGCAUCACGCGAAACCAUUGACUCAGAAGGUCGAAUGGUCACAGUCUGGCUCAGAGACCCUCAAGGUUACCGUGCAUCAACGUGUCGCACCUCCAGUUCUCUCUUGGUCUGUCGACUGCGUUCUUACGUACACUUUCAGCGCCAACAGUACUCUGUCUGUGCAUGUUGUCGGUACACCAAAGGGUGAAAACCUACCUCGUACCCUUCCACGCAUCGGUCUCGUUAUGGAGCUUCCUAAGCAAUUCCAACGAGUCGAAUGGUUUGGCCGCGGCUUCGGCGAGACCUACCGCGACAGCAAGCUCUCACAACCUGUGGGCAAGUACACAGCAUCCAGCGUCGACGAACUCUGGGUCGAUUACGAGGUGCCUCAAGAAUCAUCAAACCAUACAGACACUCGUUAUCUCAGCCUCACAAACGGUAGCGGCGCAGGACUGCUCGCUCAAUUUGCGGACCAGAAGAGUGAACAAAGGAAGCUGUUCGACUUUCAAGUCAGUCAUUACAGGAUGAAGGAUGUUGCGGCCGCGGAUCAUCCGCAUGAACUGAGGAAGAAGAAGAGGGAGGAGGUUGUGCUUAGAUUGAUGGAAGCAAGACGCGUUGCCCUGGCGAGCGUUUGUCCGCUCUCUCUCACUUUCGCCACUGUCGCAGUCGCGACUGCCACAUUUUCAGUCCACCCCACUAUCUAUAAGUCCACGCUGCAUUUGCCACCAGUUUCCCCUUAUAACCUCUCCAAAACUGACAAUAUGGCGAGUGGAAUGAAGAAGCGACGGAGUUCGCAAUCUCCAGCUCACGGUACAGCUACGAAACGCGCGCGUGUGCCCUCCGCCAGCACCUCGCACCGCGUCCAACACGCCGAACGUGCUGUUCAGUCACGCGCUGUAUCGGUCCAGGAUACGUAUACAACCCAGAACCAUAAUCGAUCGACCAGCCUUUCCACCGGAGAAGACUGGCUGUUUCGCGUUAAGGUCAUCUCGUCUGCAAUAGACCUUGAUAAUGAUUUAUUCAAAAGCGCAGUACAGGGCCUAGUCCGGAUUUGCUUCCCUGAAGGCGUUCUAGAUCAGCUUGGGUCACAAAUCCUGGAGCAGCACAUGCGAGAAGAGAUGGCUCCGGAGCAUAACAUACGGAAGAUGACAGAGAUCUUCCGUACUGAAAUGGUACAGCGUGUAGCAUCGCUACUUGCGGAGCACCUUGACACGGUGACCAAGGUCGAAACGAUGGUGCAAGCUACGAUAGUAGCCAGUGUGAGGCUCCAUGGAAGUGACCUCGGAGGUGAUAUUCUGGGGCAUAUGAUCGCGAGUCUACUCCAACUGAAAGCGAAAGCUUCAAAAAACCCUACGGAUUGGUUGACUAAGAUUGGGGGUCUACAAGAAACGGUCGGUAGUGAUGAAGAUAUGGGCACCAUUAACAUUUCCGAUGUUGAGUCUCCAACAUCUGAGAAAAAGAGAAAGCGCGAGAGACGAACUAAGAAGACAAAGCGUAGGCGCACUCCGGUGAAAGAUGAUACCCCCAAAAACGCUAACAUGGACUUCUAUUCAGCAGCACUUCCGACUGAACGGCGCGUCUCGACAAACAAGGACAAAAAGAUCUCCCCCAAGUGGCAAUGGAACGUUGAUGGGACACAGCUCGCGGAUGACGAUGUGGCUGAUGCUUUCCCACGCACAAGCAGUCUGUUUGCCUAUCACGCAUUGCCUAUCGCUAAACGAAAACUUGGGUCGCAAGCAUCGAGGAAAGAGCUCCGGUAUGAGAUGCAGUCUUUACUCGAUGGUAUGCCUCCAGAUGAGUUUGAGAAGUGGGUGGAGAGCUUACAGAAGCUUCUCAGCGGCGACCGUGAGAUGCUAACGCGACAAGAUGUUGCUGCUUCGAGCGUUGACCGGCAACUCUCUCGUGCCACACCAGCGCCAGUCGACUUGCGUAUGAAGGCUAGAAUCGAUAAGAACACAAAACCUGGUGAAUCUAGUAGAGUGAGAGGGCGCGCAAUCCAUGUUGAGAACGACUAUGAGGAGGCUUUCGUCAAAUGCGAGACCGCCAAAGGAUCAGUCAAAGCAGGAGGGAACCCCCGGACCAACAACAUCGCAGAAGCAACGAAGGCCUUUCGUCAUUUGUCCACGGAAGAAUGUGAGCUCGACAGGCCACUCCCCAGAGUAGAGGUAGCAGAAAGGCAGAGAGUUCAAGAUCUACAGAGCAGUGGGAACAUUGACAGUACCUUCGGUAUGCCGGUACUGAGCCUGCUAUGGGGAUCGGACAGCCUGACUGCAACCGAAUGUAUGAACGAUUCCACCAGAAUCACGCAAACGAUCAUGAGUAAUAUCAAACAUCGCAUUUCAGCAGAGCGUAUCGUUGUGAGUGGUUUGGGAGGCAUGAACAAGACUCGCACAAUGGCCGAGCUCCAAGAUGCCAUCACUCUUGCAUUCCCCAAACCUGGACAACACUAUGGAUUCAUGAGAAUCAAGAAGGACAUCGAAACGGCACUCAUUCCGUGGGUCAUUGCGGAGCCGAGUGCCUUCCCUGAACUGAAGGCUAUGCCUUUCGUUUUCGCUCACUCUGUUCCAUCUGUUCCAGCUGUCCUUAAUAUACUUUUCGGCACCUGGUCCUCUAUAGCCAGCCUGGGUGGAUCUGAGAUGUGGGAUAGCAUCUUACAAGCUCUCCAGGCGCGAGGUAUUUCUGAAGUGGGUAUUCCUUUCUGA